AUGGCAGUCUCUUGUGCUCAUUCCUUUGUCAUGAUCAAAUCUGACAACACUCUUGUUGAGUGGGUUUGCCAGCACUGCCGCUCGGGUCCUCACUGGGCCAUCUACGAGUGUACUUAUUGCAAGCUUCACUUGUGUCGCCCUUGUACCCAGGCUACCUAA